UCACAAUCCAAAGGAAGGGCUGGUGACUGGCGCUCACCUACUACAUCAUUCAUGACGUAUUCACUUUCCCUCACUCACCUACUACAUAAUGUCUAACAAUUUGAGCCAAAAGAACAACAUUUUCCCAAGAAUAUUCCAGCCAAACGAUGGCAGCGGAGAUGAGCUUGCAAGUUCCAAGGGUGAAACUGGGGAGCCAAGGACUUGAGGUCUCAAAGCUGGGGUUUGGAUGUAUGGGCCUAACUGGGGUCUAUAAUACUCCUGUCUCAGAUGAAGAUGGAAUCUCUAUAUUGAGGGAUGCCUUCAAAAAAGGAAUCACGUUUUUUGAUACGGCAGAUAUAUACGGACCCCAUACUAAUGAAAUUUUGGUGGGAAAGGCCUUGAAGCAGUUACCAAGAGAAAAAAUUCAGUUAGCCACUAAGUUUGGUGUUUUUAAAAUGGAAUUUCCUCAUAUGAUAGUUAAGGGUACCCCUGAGUAUGUACGCUCAUGUUGUGAGGCUAGCUUGAAGCGCCUAGGUGUGGAUUACAUUGAUCUGUAUUAUCAGCAUCGAGUUGACACUUCUGUGCCUAUUGAGGAAACUAUGAGUGAACUUAAAAAACUGGUGGAAGAAGGAAAAAUCAAGCACAUUGGGCUAUCUGAAGCCAGUCCAGACACAAUAAGGAGGGCACAUGCUGUUCACCCCAUCACAGCUGUACAAAUGGAGUGGUCUCUUUGGACUCGUGAUAUCGAGGAAGAGAUUAUUCCCCUUUGCAGGGAUCUUGGUAUUGGAAUUGUUCCAUACAGUCCUCUUGGUCGUGGUUUUUUUGCUGGUAAAGCAAUUAUGGAAAGUUUGCCUGCAAAUAGCAGCUUGGUUGGACAUCCUAGAUUUCGAGCAGAGAACUUGGACAAAAACAGAAGGAUAUACAGUCGAUUGGAAAACCUUACUAAGAAGUAUCAAUGCUCUCCUUCUCAGCUAGCAUUGGCUUGGGUUCUCCAACAAGGGGAUGAUGUUGUGCCUAUUCCUGGGACCACUAAGAUCAAGAACCUGGACGAGAACCUUGGCUCCCUGAAGGUGAAACUUACAGAAGAAGAGCUGAAAGAAAUUGCUGCUGCUGUACCAAUCGAAGAGGUAGCAGGAGAUAGAACUUAUGAGAGCAUGAGCUACUUGUCAUGGAAGUUUGCCAACACCCCUCCAAAAGGUAGUGGUGUCUCAAAUUAAAGCAUUUAGAAAUGUAUUCUGUUACACUUGGGGAUGUAAUCAUCUUAUGAAUAAAAGUGAGAAUCUCUGUGAGAUUGCAAAAUUGUAUGUUUGUGAGCUGCAGUGCAAUUACUCUCUAUUAUUGAACAAAUGAUUAAUAAAUUCUGCGGUUAUGGUACCA